AUGGCCACUGAGCCCUACACGACGAGAGCACCCAAACAUGCAGGCCUCCACCCCACGACAGCUUCGAAUCAAGACAUGGCCGACAUUGUGCGUGAUUCCGACACUGAGCCGUAUAUGGCCCGCAAGAUCGGCGCCGGCAAUGGCGUUGCAAUGUACCAACCACACAAGCCUCGCACGCUUGUGCGCGACAAUGCUUACAUCUACAAAGAGUUCGAUACUCAGCAUGACCACGAGGACCCCAGAUGCAAGGAAUGUCGAACAUCAGACUUAAGCCCGUCGGCCGGCAAGUCCGCACUCGUCGGUUCGAUCGGGCGCCCAUUCAAAAAGGUUUUCGCGCAGUAUGCGUGCCGAUCCUUGACUGCCAGAGGUGACAAGCUAAGGUCAUCGACGCGGCGAACGUUUCCAGACAGGACCUCUGAAUUGGCGGCCAUGUAUGGACUCGGCUUUCAGGUUGUUGUUCUCUUGAUCUGUCUUGUAGUGUCCUGUAUGACGAGAGCUUGCAAGAUCUGGCGGCGAAUCAACUGUCCUGCUGAGUCCACGGCUUCCGGCAUUCGAAGCUGA